AUGAAAGAUUCCUUAACCUUGAAUUCAGAACAGAAUAUAAUACUGAAGGAAAAACGCAUUGUAUUACCAAGAAUAUACCACCAUACAGUAGUUAAACUUGCCCACGUUGGUCAUCAGGGAUUAUCAAACACAAAAGCCCUUCUGCGAAGCAAAGUUUGGUUCACUGGCAUGGACAAACUAGUAACAGAUGAAGUAAACAACUGCAUUCCAUGUCAAUCUGUUAGCAAGAAAUCUACGCUACCACCCAUCCAGCCAACAGAAUUACCAGCUCGUAUAUGGCAAACAGUCAACGCAGAUUACUUGGGAUCGCUCCCUGACAAUAAAUAUGCCUUAGUAAUGAUAGAGCAGCGGAGUAUAUAUCCUGUCGUGGCAUUCACAAACAAUACCACAGCAAAGAACUUCACCAACAUUUGUAACAAUACCUUUGCACACUUUGGAAAUCCGGAAACACUUGUUUCCGAUAACGGACCACCGUUUCGUUCCAAUGAAGUGAAAAGAUAUAUGGAAAAGAGGAGAAUAUAUCAUAGGAGGGUUACGCCCCUAUGGCCACAAGCGAAUGGCGAGGUCGAGAGAUUCAUGUUGCCAUUGACAAAAAAAUCUUUACAGCACACAUUGAAAACAAGUCGUACGUCGAAGAAGUGCAGAACUUCUUGA